AUGCAACCUUUAUUGAAUCCUAAAAGUGAUAUUCAAAUAGAUUUGAAUCAAGUAAGAUUGGAUAUUCUUAAUGGAAUUCGCGAAUGUAAUGAUCGUGGGCUGACACAAACUGUUAAGUGGCUGGCAGAAUUAAAUUAUGCACUAAAAGAUCAUAAAAUAAAUCACAUACCAUGCACCUCUUCCGAUGACGAUAUAUUGCUUGAAGAACGAGAAUCUUAUGCUAACCAUAACAAUUUAGAUGGCUAUUUGCUCUACUUAGAAGGUGUUGUCCUUAAGAAAUUGGAUCUUCGAAGCCAAGCUGUCUCAGUUUUGCAAGCUUCUGUAGCAGCUGUUCCUACUCUAUGGGCUGCUUGGGUAGAACUUGCAGGCCUGGCAAAUGAGUAUGAAGCACUGGAUUCUUUGCAGCUGCCUAAACAUUGGAUGAUGUACUUCUUUGCAGCUCAUGCAUUUGUAGAAUUGAAAUUGUCAGAGCAAGCUUUAGAAGCAUAUAUGGUGUUAGCUAAUGCUGGUUUUGAUAAAAGUACAUAUGUUACAGCACAAAUGGCAAUUGCUCAUCAUGACAGGAGAGAUGUAGAUUCUUCUUUAGCAUUAUUUGGUGAACUGUAUCAAAAUGACCCAUAUCGCCUAGACAACUGGGAUGUAUACUCUCACUUAUUAUAUUUAAAAGAAAAACGUAUGGAAUUGGCAAAACUUGCACAAAAAGCUGUAUCUAUUGACAAAUAUAGAGUGGAGACUUGUUGUGUUAUUGGUAAUUAUUACAGUCUUAGGAGUGAGCAUCAAAAAGCAGUUGUAUAUUUUCAAAGGGCUCUAUCUCUAGAUCCACAAUAUCUUUCAGCUUGGAUAUUAAUGGGACAUGAAUUUAUUGAAUUACAGAACUCUAAUGCUGCAAUACAGUGCUAUAGACAAGCAAUAGAUGUAAACAGAAAUGAUUACAGAGCAUGGAAUGGACUUGGCCAAGCAUAUGAAAUUCUUGGUUUGAAUGGCUAUUGCAUAUACUACUAUUCAAGAGCAGCACAGCUUAAACCAGAUGAUUCAAGAAUGUUGGUGUCACUAGGAGAAGCCUAUGAGAAAAUGGAUAAAAUUCCAAAUGCUCUCAAAUGUUAUUAUAAGGCUCAUAGUACCGGCGACAUUGAAGGAAUGGCACUUUUUAAGUUAGCGAAACUAUAUGAAAAGUCCAACAUGCCAAAUAGUGCUGCUGCAGCUUACACUGCAGCUUGUCAGGACCCUGCAAAUGCUGGAAGUAAAGAGCUACCAGCAGCGCAACGAUACUUAGCACAGUACUAUUUAAGGUUCAGUUUAUUGGACCAUGCUGCUCAUUAUGCCUACAAGUGCCUGGAACAUGACAGUGCCAAAGAAGCAGGAAAAAAUAUAUUAAAGGCAAUAUCAGAAAAGCGAUUAGCCGCAUCAUCUUCGCAACCCGCCAAUUUGCCUGAUGACUUACCAGAUGCAAUCAAAAACAUUUCAACCACUUCUGUUAAUCAAGAUAUCCCAAAAACACCAUUUGCAAGCCCAAACGUAACACCUGACAACUUCUCUACACCAAUGUUUGCAAGAAAAAACAAUAAAUAUAAAAUGUGA